ACAUCAUAACUUGACAAUAUUUUGAAACCUGUCAUUGAAUAAAUGUAUUUUCGUCAAACUGAAUGAUUUGAAGACGGCUUUCUCUCAUAUUAUUUUAUUCCAUAUAAUUAAGAAGAAAAGCAAGUCCUGAGAAAUGGCAACCAAAGCAAAAAAUGCGCCCAAUAAAGCUUUCGGAAUGAGUCUGGACAUGCUGAUGGACUCGAUGGAAGAAACCAGGUUCAAGAAGAAACACCAAAACCUCGUAGAGAGACUGUCGAGAAAGUACCACUUCAGCUACAUCGAGAUAGAAUGUUUGCUGAUAGUCUAUUACAAGCUGCAGAAAGACAAUGUGGUGCCUCAGCCGGGCGUGAGCAAGUCUCAGUUGAGAGAUGUCUUCCAUUUUGCUUUCGACAUGACAGAUGACGCCCUGAUGGACAGAAUUUUCUGGUCUCUGAUCAAAGGGACCAGCAGUUUCGUUUCGAUGGAGACCUGGAUAACUAUUCUUUCUUUAUUCCUGAGAGGGAGUUUGGACGAGAAAAUAAACUACUGCUUUUCAGUAUACGACUUUAUGGGAGAGGGUAUUCUGGGAAGAGAAGCCAUUUUCCACCUUCUGAAAAACUCCUUAGUUGGUGUAGGUGGUGAUGAAGAUACAGAGGAAUCAGUCAAGGAUAUGAUAGAAAUUAUCACCAAAAAAAUGGACUUUGACAGAGAUGGUAAAAUUUCCUUCAGCGAUUACAAACAAGCGGUUCUGAAAACUCCUGGACUCCUGGAAUGUUUUGGACAAUGUCUGCCCAACCGUUAUACAGUGAAUGCCUUCCUUACAUCUAUGACUCAUUAUGUAAAAAAAGAAGUAUAGUUUUUCAAAAUAAUUGAGCUCUUACCUUUUCUUCAUAAAUUUGCUUAGCAAUGUUUUCAGAUAUUUCAGCUUUUCUUGCUUCUAGUUGUUCCCUUUCCUCUUCUCUAAGACAAAAAAAACGGAUUGGAUAUUUAAUAUACACAUAUAAUUAUGCAUGACUAUUAUGUCCCCUUUACAAAAAACGCCUAUUUCAGUUUUACUGAGAUAUAUGGAGCAUCCUGUUGUAUAUUUUUGAGAGUUUGAUAAAUGAGUCUGCAAAAACAAACCCUCGUAAAAACAGAAAUGAAAACCAAUUUUUCUCCAAAUGACAUUAAAAAGUGUCUUGGCACAAUAUACUUUACUGCCUAGGAAGAAAAAAAAUUAGUUGCUAUGCAAUGUUCAAAGUAAGUUCAGAGUAAUAAUUUCAACAAAGAUGAACCAAAUUAGUAAUCGAAAUUGGC